AUGACGGUGCAGGAUGCCCCCACCCACGACGACGUGCUUGGCGAGAUCACCGAUCAAGGCCCCAACUACAGCAAUCUGGGCUUCCUAGGUACUACCGUCCUCAUGAUGAAGACCGAGGUCGGCCUCGGUGUCCUCUCCAUCCCGACAGCCCUGAACAUCUUGGGCCUCGCGCCUGGCAUUCUCUGCCUGUGCGCCCUUGCCGCCAUUACAACAUGGUCCGAGUACAUCGUUGGCACCUUCAAGGCCAACCACCCGGGAGUCUACGCCAUCGACGACGUGGGGGCAUUGCUUUUCGGUCCCCUGGGGCCGUGGUAUCCUGGCCGCGACUGGAUCUUCGUCACCGGCUCGGGGAUCCUGAGCAUCUCCAUCGGCCUCAACGCAGUGUCCACGCACGGCGCCUGUACCGCCGUCUUCGUCGCCAUCGGGGCCCUCGUCGGAUUUCUCGGCAGCAGUGGGCGCACACUGGGUCGCAUCACAUGGCUGGCUAGUAUCGGGCUGCCGUCGAUCCUCAUCGCUCUGGUCGUCGUCACCAUCGCCGUCGGUGUCCAGGACAGCCCGGCUUCUGCUCCCACGACCCGGGGUCCCUGGGUCUCUGACUACCAGAUCGUCGGCGAUCCCACCUUCCCUCAGGCUAUCAGCGCGGUCGUCUCGCUCGUCUUCGCCUAUUCCGGGUCCUCGGGGUUCUUCCCCAUCGUGUCCGAGAUGCGUAACCCAUCCCAAUACACUCGUGCGUUGAUCGUCUGCAAAGUUGGCGUCACGCUGAUCUACGGGGUCAUCGGCUGCCUACUCUACUACUACUGCGGAUCGUACGUGGCGUCGCCGGCGCUGGGAUCCGCCGGUGGCACCGUGAAGAAGGUGUGCUAUGGAUUGGCGCUGCCGGGGUUGAUCGUGACGACAACGAUCGUGGCGCACAUUCCGUCCAAGUUCGUCUUCGUCCAUCUCCUCCGCGGCUCGCCCCAUCUCACCUCCAGUUCCCCCACGCACUGGAUCACCUGGCUCGGAUGUACAUUGAGCGUGACACUCAUCGCCUACAUCAUCGCUAGCGCCAUCCCUUCCUUCGAUGCUCUAGUAUCGCUCAUCGGAGCCCUACUGGGAACGCUAACCUGUUUCCAGCCCAUGGCUUGCAUGUGGUUAUACGAUAACUGGCACAGCGGGACGCGCGGGUCGAAAAGGUGGUGCUGCAUGGUGGCGUGGAGUAUCCUGGUCAUCGCGAUCGGGACAUUCCUGAUGGUCGCGGGCACGUAUGGAUCUGUCGUUGCGGUGAUUGCAUCGUACCAGACUUCAGGCGGGGGAGGGGCGUUUUCAUGUGCCGAUAACUCUAAUUUGGUGUAGGUUUGGGUUGGUUGGAUACCUGGUGGAUGGGUAUAUCGAAAAUAC